UAUGUCAGUGUGACAGGUGUGAGUUUUGGAGGGAAAAGUGUGAGAUAUUUGAGACGUUUUUCCUGAAAAAUGACGCAAAUCAGCAAAAACCCCCUCACUGAAUAUUUCAAGCAAAUUGUACGAGACAGCGGCAUAAAAUUGGCUUCGGGCGAAGAGCCCAAUAUUUUGACGCAGGAGCAGGCACUGGUUGUGCGAGAUGUUGAAAGGGCGAUUCAGGAGGGUGUCUCAGGCGACAACGUUGAGAGAUUUAUCAAGGGUUUUAAUAUUUUGAUCAGGAAGGAGAAAUAUUUGAAGAAGGCUUUACUGCCCACUGUUUUUCGGAUGAGGCGCAGUGGGGGUGAGAGUUGUGAGGAUUUUGGGGCGAUGGAAGUGCCACAAGACAGUCUAUUUCGGAUAUUCCUGAAGGUGCGUUCCCUCCAGCCACCCAUCGUGGAAAUCCUCCUCAACGAGCUCACCACGACCACAGCCGUGGACACCUUCGACCCAGGUCACCUCCGUCUCCUCCUCAAACAACUCCCCUACCUCCCCUACAUCAAAACUCCCGAAACGCUCACAACCAAACUCCUCGACAUCAUCGACAUAGCUCCAUACGGCGCCCAACUCGAACUCCUCCACUCCAUCCCCGACAGCGAACACCACACAGUCGUCAAAGAACUCGCCAAAAUGCUCGACAAUACCAACAUCUCCGGGCCCAUAAUCGACUGUCUUAACGCUUUAAACCUAACCCCCGACAUGCGUACGCACGUACAAGACCACAUCUUGUCCAAAAUGUUGGCCACGAUCUCCACCAAACUAUUCCCAGUGUACUUGGACUUUUUACUAACCGACUGCAACAGCAAGACUUUACCCCGGAUCUUGCCCAAGCUUCGACACGCUUUAAACGACAUCAUGUCACGUGAUGAAGACGCCGAAUCAAAAAUCUCCAUUUUCACAAAACUACAAAAAUGGGCGAAUUUGAAAUCAGUCUCCGAAGCGUGGUUAAGUCUCAUUGCAAACACGAAAGACCACAAAUACAUCGACUUGCUACUCUUGUCCAUGCUACAUGCCCGCAAAAAACGGACGAUUGAAAGCACAAUUCGCAAAAAAAUCAAAGGCGGCCAGUUCAAGUCACUCCAAGUGGAGCAACUUUUCGCCCGGGAUUUCCCCCAACAAGUGUUCCGCGACUAUUUUGGUACGUUUUGCGAAGUUGGGUCAAGUCUCCUACGCACGUCAACCGCUCCAACAAUCGUGGAAUUUGCAUCGACACUCUUCAAACUCCUCUUCACGCACAAGCGCACCGUUCGGAUCUACGAAGUGCUUGAAAAUCUGAUCGUCUUGGUUGGCUGCACUGACAAUAAGACAGCGGUCCUCAACAUUGUCAAUGACUUGGUUCCCCAAAUCCUCCAAGCGCCAAACCAUGCCACGAUUUUGAUGCGUCUCCUGGAGAUUGAUUCGUUCGAACUGAAGGACAUUAAGCUCGUGUUUGAGAUUUUGUGCAAAGUGACGUGUUCGGAUGAUUCUUUAAUCGGCCUACGCGAGGAAAUACACAUGUUGGUGCGCAAACAAAUGUCCAAUUUUAAACAAAGUGCCAAAGAACGCGGCAUCAUAUCGGCCGUGGUUUUGGCCAAGAACAUAGCUAAUGUUAGUGGUGACCAAAGUGAUGUGUUGUCCGAAGAGUCAAUUGCCAGUAUUGGACAAUUGACAGGUGGGGCGAAGGACGCAGCUAACUUACUCACUGUGGUUCAGAGCUCCACGGUUAAUACGCCUGAUCUAGUCAGUCUGUAUUACGACCAGUUGGCAGCAAUGAUUUCCAAUAGUGAUGGGUUAGAUAAGCGCUUCCUGGCCUGGCUCCACGAACGCAUAACCACCGACUUCCAGAAUUUCUACAUCACGGAAACCACCGACACGACUAUUGGUGAUUUGGAAGUGACCAAACAAUACGAUCUGAAUGGUGACGAAGAAAUGGAUGCGCCAAUUUCAAUUAACAUUGCUGAAUUAACCCUCAGGCCGGGCAAACACUCGAUCGUUGCCCUAGCGCCCCAUUUCCGACUGUUGCGUUUGGUGCACUUUCGGCAACAAAACGGCGACUUGGACACGAUCGAUGCCUUGCUAGGCUGUGGGGUCAUUCUACCAAAACAAUUGCAAACAACCGACUGUCUUUUGCACUGUAUCAACUGGUUCCGGGAGAUAAUUAGUGGUUUCGUCCUCCAGAAACGUGAGAAAUUGAGACGCAAAGUGCUCCAAAGAAUCGAUCAUUUGAUCGAGUUGGAACAACUGUUUUCCGAGUCACUUGACUCAAUCCCCAAAAAACUGAAAAAAAACAACCGGGAACGGGAAACUGUCCUUGACACAACCUUCCGGGAAAUGGACAACGAUCUAGUGACACUCCUCAAAUACCCUCUCGAGGCAACAAAUCAAGUUAGCCUGAGCGUGAAACAACUGAACUUCAUUUUGGGGGAUUACGUGCGCAAGCUGUCACUUGAGACGAAAGGGGGCGACCUCGGUUUGUCACACUUGGGGGCGGUCAGCCCCUUGCAUGUGAUAACCGAUUCGGUUAAAACCCUUCCGCACAUCAAGCGACACUUGGCGGCGGUUUUGCCCGAAUGUCACACCAAUGACGAGGCGAAAGCCACCUUCGGAUUGGUUGUGGAAUGUUUGUGUUUGAUUUUUAAUUGGCCCGGCUUACAACACGCCAAACGUCUCGUCCUAGUUAAAGACAUCAUCAAGGCGUUCCGUUCGGGUGACAGUGAGCUGCACUCGGCCAAUCACCUCGUCACCGAACUGGUGGAACAACUAGCCGACUUGACGCAAUUUUGCACGUGUCUAACACACGCAGUCCACUUCAUUCAAACAAUGGAAGCCCUCGAUUGUACACUCCAGUGGCCACAACACGGACAAAAAUUGCCAAAACUGCGAGAGAAUUGCUUGAGAAACAGUGGGAUAAUUACAGUUCGUCAAAUAUUGAUGUUCUAGUCCGCUCAUAUCUGAGCAGUGCUAGUGUUAAAACCCUGUGUGGGAUUGUUGGUACGGUCCAGGAGCAAGCCCCAGGUCUCACUAAGAGUGAACCGUUGGAGAUGCUCAAAAGUGUGACUAAG